UAACUGCUGCAGCUUGACAAGAAUAUUACGCAAAAUUCGAACAAAUUAUCAAACAUGAAAGAAAACCUCACAAAAUAGUUCUAGAGAAAGCUACCAGAAUUGAAAAAACAACAAAACUUAACAAAAAACCGAAAAAAUACUGAUUAAACUUUAUUGUUUGUUAAGCCUGCGAAAUCGAGGUAUUUCAUCCCUAAGCCUCAUCCAGCCAUUACAGCAUCCCGCAAAGUUUCCUGCUGAAUUCCGCAACAUGCUGUCAGCGUAGCUGAAAACCAGUGGAAACUUGACAUUCAACAGAUCAAUAACAACCCCCCAGCUGAUUUCUGUUGUUAAACGCGCCCUUGUCGCUUGUGGUCGAGGAAUCCGAAUUAAAAAAGCGCAAAAACCAAAUCAGAGUGCGAAUAAGUGGAAGCUUAACUAAGCUUGAAUCAGUGAAAAUCGACGAUGAAAAGCAUGUCUUUAGAAGAGGAUGUGCACGAGGAGUUUAAGGGCGGAACUUUGCGAUUCAACAAGAGCGGCGAGCAACAGUCUGCUGGUUCAUCAGGUUUGCGGGAAAAUUUUAGGGAAAACAAGGGCGGCAUUAGCAAGACUGAUAGCACGUCGAGCAAUAGCAGCAGUUGCAUGUGGAAGGGACUUCCUUUGCCUUUGCCAUCGCCAUUAAAUUCACUUUCCAGCAAAAUAAGUGAAACCUUAUGGAGCACUAAACCAAAAGACCCAAGUCCAGUGCUAGAAAAACAGGCUCCAAUCCAGACUCUGCCGCCUCGAAUCAACAUCGAGCAGGACGCCAACAAUUUCUUCACCUAUCGGGAUGGAGUUGCUGAAAAGGCCGCCAUCGAAUGUGCAGCCGAAUUUCUCGAUAUAGAAAACGAAGGUCCUGUAAUUGAGUCAUUUCUCCUCACUCAAAUCAACCAUUGGGACACGGACAAAGAGCGGCUGAUUUUACUCACUCCCCGAGUCCUGCUGGUUGUUAAAUACGACUUCAUUGCUUUGAAGCGGCUCAGCUACAAGAAAUUACCCUUGGAAGACAUCGAAGCCAUUAUUAUAGGCGAUUUAACUUAUCCCAAUGGCUCAUUGAUUCCCAAAAUUAAUGGAUGGGCAGACGGCAUUUCGAGCCUAUGGGAAAAUUGCUUUACUAAACCAUCAUCCAACGACAAUCAGCAAAGUCAAUCAUUUUCAUCGCCCACUAGUAUGUUUUGUAGGGACCGAAACAUGAAGGGCAUUCGCAUUCUGUUCGGCAAAGGCAAACCGAUAAAACUGUCUUCGAAGUGGAACCCUUUUACCGAAGACCUGCCCAUAUGGACCUUCACUUAUCAUCCCCUAUACUUCCAUAAGGGCUGUACCGAUGAGAGCCUAAGGAAAACUUACGACCUGGACUACUUUGUGGAAACAUUCUGCAAAACCUGCAUGGAAAUGGGAAUCAAAAACUACGAAUCGCGCAUUUUACAUUCGCACAUUCUGCUGCAAAACUAUGUGGGCUUUGGGGCGAUCAUCCACAAUCGACACGAUCUGGGCUUUUUCAAAGUCAGAGGCAAGUUCAGCUUUUGAAUGCGCUUCACUUCAGCGAACUUUAAAUGUGAUAUUUGUUUGGUCAAUUAUUGAAUGUUGCGGCUUAAAGGCCCGUAUAAAUAUGCGUGCCAGGGCAAGUUUAGCGUUGAAAAUCAACCUUCAAACUUAGUCUGGCCGAAAAAUCAUGCAUAAUGUUCAGUUCCUUACUUUUACACGUGAUUACAGAAUACGAAACAUAUAAAUAUAAAUAUAUAAAUAUUAUACAUUAAGUAUAUUUGUGCCAGGCAAUCAUAUAUAUUUUAUUAUAGUCAUUAUUGAUAUUGAUAGUAACUAUUUCCAGUUUUUUAUAUACAAACUAUAUACCGAAUUUAACACGAAACUAUUGAGAUACAUAUCAUUCUUAUGAACUAUAGCCUACUAUCUAAAGGGAAGGAAACUUUGAAAUUUUGUAAAGCAACAGCUAAGUCACUCUAGAAUAGGAAGGUGCUUAAUAUUGUCUGUUAUGAGAACGAGUUUGGGACUGGAUCGAAACUGCUUUUAUUUUCUAAAAAUGAUCGACUUUUCGACCUUUUUUGGGGGUAUCCAAACGAGCGAGUCAUUUCCAACUGAAUGCAGAAUUAGAAAAUAGUCGUUGUUUCCAGAAAAAUAGCAAUCGCAUCGUUUUUUUUUCUGAAAAGGAUCAAAUGUUUGCCUAAUUUUCUCGGACAGACCAACAAUUUGAUUUUUAAAACCGAUAGCUGUACAUUCCAGAAACAAAUGCAAAUUAUCUUUUUUGUUUCCAUCUGAAUGUAGAAUCAGAAAAUAAUUUUCGCUUGCCGACAAAGCAAUGGCGUGCUCCGUUUUUGUGUCUGAAAUAUAUCAGUUUCGUUAAUUUUUUCGGACAAUCGAACGGUCUUCGACUUUUUUUUCGGGCAAAAAGCCCAAAAGCACGUUUUGCCCUCAAUCAAGUGGGGAAUUAUAAAAUGAUUUUUGUUUGCAGAGAAAACUUUGAUGUCCGCCGUUUUUUUCGAUCAGUCUCAAAUGUUUUGUCAUUUUUUUUCGGACUAUCCAAAGGUUUUUGUUCUUUGAAUCAGACACUGGGUAUUUUAGCAAAACACUCAAAGGAACUUUUCUGUUCCCAACUGAAUCUAAAAUUCGAAGAUAAUUUUUUGCAUUGCAAGCUGGUACAGUUUUUUUCUGAAAUAUAUCAAAUAUUAAAUAAAGUUUACACUAACGGUUUUAAUUUUUUUAUUCAAAAUCAGUGAAUUUUACUAUAAAAUCCUACUGGAACUUUUUUGUUCCCAACUAAUGGAGAACUAGAAAAUAACUUGUGUUUUCAGAAAAACCAUUGGCGUACACCGUUUAUUUUUUUCUGAAAAGUAUGAAAAAUGUUAAUUUUCUCGAACAGUCCAACGUAAAAACAGUACAUUUUUGCAAAAUGCUUGUUUGCAGAAGAACCAAAAGCGUGCACCGUUUUCCUGUCUGGACAAUAACCUUCAAUAUAGCAAAAAGGAACAAAACGUUGGUGAUUUUUAGAAAAUAAUAGUAUGUAGUUUCAAUCCAGGCCCGAACCUGCUCUGAGAAGAGACAAUACUAUUUCCAUUGCUCCUUUUGUUUUGAGGAAACAUCACGAUUUUUUUUAAAUCUGGCAACUUUAGAGUGAUUUAGUUUUGUCGUGUUCUGUAAUGACUUAAUAUAUCCACAUUAGAUAUCAAUGUUAAAUUUGUAUGUGUCUAUAGCCAUAAAACUAUAUAACUAUAUCAGUGUGGGCUGUUAGAGUAGACAAAGCUAUAUACAGGGUGUUAAAUAUUUUCGAAAAUGUCAGGAUUAUUUGAAAUAACAAUGGAGUUGUAGGCCUAAACAGUGUCCAAUGCAAUUGACCCCUAAAAAUUCAACGAUUAAAUUUAGGCGGUAUGCAACUCAUUGCAUUCAUUUUCUCCUUAGCGACUAAAUGAUACCUACUUUAUAUAAAUUACCUAAUCAUAGCACAGUAGCAAAUUAUCGUACCUACCGACUAAGGAAAUUUGUAAGAAGAUAUUUUCAAGUAUCUACCAAACACAUUAUAUACAUUAUUUUAUAUAAGUUUUACAAAAAGCUACAACCCCCGGCCGCUAACGAGUCAAUUCUGAGCUAAAGAUUACCCGUAUUUAUAGGAUAUUAUGUAAUACUCUGGCUUAUCAGCUAGCCAUAGCAUUCAUAUGGAUUUUAGUUAUAGUUUACAUUGUUUAAACAGUGGUAUUAUUUUUUAUAACCAAUAUUGAAUACACUAAUCCAAAACGA